AGGGACACGGCAGGUGAGCGCCCCUCGGGUGGACGUAUAACCCGAGUCUCUGAAUUCUGCGAUGUCUCCUCCACUCAGCGCGGUCACUCAUCUGUCCUUUCCUCUCUCAGCAAUCCCGUCUUCAGCUCGUUCCAUGACAGUCUGAUCAGAAUUCUGCUCGGCAUGGAGGCGUUGCAGGGGCCCCUGAUAAACAUGCUGUUUGAGAAGAUGCCGGAAUUCCUGUAUGACAGCUUCGGCAGCGAUGGGAUCAGCAUCCCGCGGCUCAUCAUCAAUCAGCUGAAGUGGCUGGACCUGGUGGUCAGCAGCAAGGAGCUGACCUCUAAGAUCAUGCAGUUGGUUCUCGCCUCCCCGGCUGACGUCCAGCAACACAUCAUCAGCAGCCUCCCCGAAAUCCUGGAGGACUCCGACCACAAUGAUGUCGCUAAGGAGCUCAGCUCCCUCCUCCAGCAGAAUUCGCAGCUCACGGUCACCAUUCUAGACGCCUUCUCCAGCCUGAACCUGAACGCCGAGCUCCUGACAGAGGUCCGCCAUUGGGUCAUGUCUACGCUGUCCGCAGUGGACCUGGACGUGGUGCCUGUUAUUGUGAAGUUCGUCCUUCAUACCGUCACCCCGAGCGACGCAGUGGAG